AUGAAGGCUCAGUUGGUGGCCAACGUAUGCUUGCUCAUCUUGUGGCUCGGAUCUUCCGGCCAUUCCGCGUGGGCUCUCCUCCUAUUCCUCGCCUCCUUUCUACCGGCGGUCUACAGUGCUUGCCGAGUCCCCGGAGGGUUUGCAUGGCGGCGCGCCGCCGCUCCGGCCGCCGGCCCUGCGGGGUGGCCGCUGCUCGGAAGCAUCCCAAUCAUGGGGGCUCUCGCCCAUCGUCGGCUCGCCGAGCUCGCGCAGUCCUACGGGGCCUCAAGGCUCAUGGCUCUGAGCCUUGGCACCACACGCGUGAUCAUCAGCAGCCACCCGGAGACCGCGAGGGAGAUCCUCUGCGGGCCGGCCUUCACCGACAGGCCAGCCAAGGAGUCCGCUCGUCUGCUCAUGUUCGAGCGCGCCAUCGGGUUCUCCCCCGCCGGGGACUACUGGCGGCACCUGCGCCGCGUCGCCGCCACCAACAUGUUCUGCCCCCGGAGGAUAGCAGGUCUUGAGGGCCUGCGGCAGAGGGUGGCGGGGGGGAUGAUUGAGGGAGUGAGGGAGGAGAUGGAGAGGAGAGGGGUCGUGGAGCUGAGAGGGGUGUUGCAGAGGGGAUCCUUGGAGAGUGUUCUGGGGAGUGUCUUUGGGGAGAGCCUGGGGCGCGAGAGAGAGGAGGAGCUGGUGGAGAUGGUGAAAGAGGGGUACCACCUCAUCGGGGUCUUCAACUGGGAGGACCAUUUCCCCUUGGGAGGCCUCCUCGAUUUCCACGGCGUGGGCAGCAGGUGCAAGAAGCUCGCCGAGAAGGUCAGACGCCUCGUGGGGGAACUCAUAGAGGAGAGAAGGACCAACGGCGCCCCCCCGGGAGAUGACUUCCUUAGUGUCCUCCUGGCGCUCCCCAAGGAGGAGAGCCUCUCCGACUACGAUAUCACAGCCGUCCUCUGGGUAAGGAAAACCACUUUUAUUGGUCAUAGUAGUAUAGAUCACAUAAAAUCAUACGCCUUCUUGACCUCAUCAACUCCUACGGUGGAAGAUGGGUCUCCCCUCCCAAAAUCGGCCUCCAGGCAGGCCCUGAACUUCUCCGAGAGUUCUGCUUGUAGUCACAGCACUAGUGAUCAAUCUUCCUCGGGGUACCCGAUGACCAAUGAGAAUGGUAGGCAAGUAAGAGCUAGGGUUGGAUGAGGAUGCGGUCCAUUCUGAGGAGCCCCGUCCUCUUCUCGGUGGCUUCCUAACUGACGUCUCCCAACCAUCAGAAUAUCUACUGAAAUUCUCUUGGGGUAUAUCGCUUCCUCUUGUCGUUGUACCCAUAGCUCUUAUGAGAAGAAGACCGACAAGGACUGCCCCCUUCCAGCAGCUGAGUUAGUUUAUAGGGGGAGUUGACGUAGGGGGAAAGUCGAACCAAACCCGUACGAACGUGGAGAAGAAAUCCUCUCCAUGACUGUCUUCCCUCUCUAAUCUGAUAAAUCUACUCUCUCUCUCUCUAUCUAUGUGUAUCUUUGCUGCAGGAGAUGAUAUUCAGGGGAACGGACGUCGUCGCUAUCGUCUUGGAGUGGGUAAUGGCCAGAAUGGCCGUCCAUCCGGAGGUCCAAGCCAAGGUGCAGGAGGAGAUCGCUGGCUGCCUCGCCGGAGCCUCCCGGUCGGUGAGGGAUGUCGACAUGCCCUCUCUCCCCUAUCUGCAAGCCGUCGUGAAGGAGGUCCUCCGCCUGCACCCCCCAGGGCCGCUGCUCUCGUGGUCCCGGCUGGCGGUCCACGACGUCCACGUGGGCAAGACCUUCGUGCCAGCCGGGACGACAGCCAUGGUCAACAUGUGGGCCAUCACCCACGACGGCUCCAUCUGGAAGGACCCCUUGACCUUCCGGCCGGAAAGGUUCCUGGAGGAGGCGGUGCCUGUGAUGGGCACCGAUCUCCGGUUGGCGCCGUUUGGGGCCGGUCGACGGGUCUGCCCCGGCAGAGCGCUCGGCCUCGCCACCGUAAACCUGUGGCUCGCCAGGCUCCUGCAACACUAUUCCUGGUCCCCUGGGAGGCCCGUCGUUUUUGCGGAGCAGCUCCGCCUGUCAAUGGAGAUGAAGAAGCCGCUGGCCUGCCGGGCGGUGCCCCGCUGA